AGUAUAGGGUUCUGCAGAUUGAAGUUUCCUCCUCUGAUUUGGGACACAUUUCGACAGAAUCUUGACUGCUUGUAAUGGGAGACUUGUUUAUCCAUGGAGGAAUUUUACACACCCAAUCAAUAGGUUACAAUGAUGGUACAGGAAUUGUUAGUCUUUUCAUGCCGCAAUGUAGUUCCCUUGCGUUGUUGGACGACAUUUUCUCCCGUCUUUUGGCAUUGACUUCUUACAUAAGCAAUCGGUUCAUCCAAUUCUUUGAGGAUCUUAUCUACAGAGAUCUUAGUAGAUUCUCGGAAGAUUUCGAGUCUGUUCCUUCCGAUGGGAAAUCUGUUUCAACUAGCUGUUCAUCUUCUUGUUCUUCAACAUCGGAGAAUCUUGAUACUAUUCUUGUGGAUCAUUUGCCUGUGUAUUCGAGAUGUGAAAUCAUAGAAAGGAAGUUCUUUUACGGGGGUAUCCACUUCAUUCUAAAAGGGUUGCAACUCACUAAAUUUUUCGUAAAAUCUGCUUUGGUUCUAGCUUUGGCUCCCUACCGGAUCUCUUCUCAAUGCGUUAAACGUGCACAGAUUCGUGUGGAGAGCAUUAUAUCUCGAGUACAGAUUACUUUGCAUGGUUCUUCCACUGACAUCGGAUGGAUCCAACGGGAUCCUAACAUGGAUCCAGUACAAGACGGUUCUGCAAGAUUUUUAGAACUGUUAAAUGCAAUAAGGAAUGGAGAACACAAGCUACCUGACUCGUACGUGUAUUUACUGAUUCCCGGGCUGUUCAGCAACCAUGGUCCCUUAUACUUUGUUAGCACCAAGAGGUUCUUUUCGAAGAUGGGCUUAGCUUGCCAUAUAGCAAAAAUCCACAGUGAGGCAUCAGUGGAGUACAAUUCGUGGGUGUUGAAGCAAUAUAUCGAAGAGCUGUUUUGGGGGUCGGGUAAACGUGUGAUGUUGCUAGGUCACAGCAAGGGAGGGGUGGAUGCUGCUGCUGCAUUAUCGCUUUAUUGGUGUGAUUUGAAAGACAAAGUUGCCGGAUUGGCGCUGGUGCAGAGCCCUUACGGUGGAACCCCAAUUGCCUCCGAUAUCAUGCGUGAAGGCCAGAUUGCUGAUAAAGAAACUAGGAGGAUCAUGGAGCUCUUGGUCUGCAGGAUCAUCAAGGGUGAUAUAAGAUCUCUCGAGGAUCUCACAUACGAGAAGAGAAAGCAGUUCCUUAGCCAACACAAGCUGCCGAAAGGAAUUCCACUUGUCUCGUUUCGUUCGGAAGCAAGUAUCGGACCUGGGGUGAUAUCAGUGAUGUCCCACAUAGCACAAGUUGAGCUACCCAAGCUUCCUUUCCUGGGACUCGGGUCCAACGAGUCCGAGUACGAGGCAGGCCCCAUUGCGACUCGUAAAGUGCCUGUGGUGGUCCCCGUCUCUGCUGCAAUGGCUGUGUCGGCCCUCCACCUGCAACUUAGGUAUGGGGAGAAGAGCGAUGGGUUGGUAACGUGUCGGGAUGCGGAGGUCCCGGGCUCGGUUGUGGUUCGGCCGAACCAAAAGCUCGAUCAUGCUUGGAUGGUUUAUUCUUCGUGGAAUAAGAAUCAAACAGGGGCCGAUGCUUGUGAGAUGUGCGAGGCUUUGCUAACGAUGCUAGUCGAGCUCGGAAAGGCCAAGAACUCCGGGAAUUAGUUUCUUGGGUUCGAUCAUUAUAAGUUUUUACGGUGUUUUUAUUUAUUCAUAUAUUUUAUUGAAAAACGUAUACGUAAAAUGUUGUAUGUUUCA